AUGGUGGCUGAGCCCAACAUGGAAAACGGCGUCGCUGCCCCUCACGGGGGCUCGGCUAUGAUCAAGCGCAUGUCCCCGUACUGGGACUCGCACAUGGCCAUCCCCGUUCUGGACUGGAUGCUCUCGAGUCAGAUGAUCACUGCUGAGGAGCGAGAGAAGCUGGGCAAGGAUUUGCUUGGCGAGACUGCGACGACGCCCGCGGGCCGCGCCGCUGUCGAGGCAGAGAUCCGCGAAGUUGAAGCGAAGCUCGUCAACUUCAACAACGCGAUCGAGGCCUACAAAAAGGAGCAGCAGAAACGCAUCGGAGGCUACCCCGACCGCAAAACACUCGUCGACUUGAGCGAAUGGUGGAUGACGAACUCCGAGCAGACGCCCACGCCCCCUGCGCUCGAGAUCGGCGUCGACGCCCUCGUUCCGCGCCUCGCGAAGCUCUACUUCGAUAUCUGCGACUACAAGAAGUCGCUUCAGCAGCUCCAGUACAUGCUCACCACCCUGUACGAGCUCCUCGCUGAGGGCACCAACAUCCAGACCCGCAUGGCGUGCUACUGGGGAGUGUGCGCAUGCAUCAUCCUGUUGAACCACCAGCAGGGUGAGACCCGCGCGGCACCCACGGAGGAGACGGUGAAGAAGGACCGAGAAGAGGAGUUGCUGCAGACGCUGGACAACGCGGAAGACGAGGAGGGCGAGGGAGCCUCGUCCGCCUUGGCUGAGGCGGCGAAGAAGGCCGCUGAGACGCACGCAGCUGCGCAGUGCAUUCUGAAGCUCGGCGACAUCCUCGACCAGAUUGCAGCGGCUUCCAACAAGAAGGAUCACCAGGGCAACCCGCCCCUGCCCGCCGGCCUCAUGAUGUCGCGCGAGCAGCAGCUCCUCAACCGUUCCUGGCUGCUCCACUGGGCCGUCUGGCCGCUUUUCCGCUACUAUUUCUACAUGGUGCACACCAAGCAGUUCAUCCCUAGAAACCAGGCCUGGAGUCUGCUGCUGGAGUGGAUGCUGCACGAAGGGAACCUGUCCUGCGUCACUGUGAUGUGCCCGCAUCUGCUGCGCUACUACGCGGUCUACGCAAUCCUCAACCGCAAGAGAAAGGAUCACUUCCAGGCUGUGAUUAUGGCUAUUGGCCAAAGCAAGAACCGCUACAGCGACCCCUUCACGUCCCUCUUGGAGGCUCUCUUCUUAGACUUCAACUUCGACGAAGCGCAGCUCCACAUUGCCCGCAUCGGCGAGGAGUGCGACUCUGAUUUCUUCCUCCAGCCGCUCAAGCGCGCGAUCAACGAGUUUGCGCGUUUGCUUAUCUUCGAGACGUACUGCCGCAUCCACAAAUGCAUCAACGUUGACAUGAUCGCGAAGAAGGUCAACAUGUCGCCUGAGGCCGCGGAGCGCUGGAUUGUGAACCUCAUCCGUCACGCACGUCUUGAGGCUCGCAUCGACAGUGAGAAGAACCGCGUGCAGAUGUCGGCCGCGCCUCCCAACCUCUACCAGCAAGUCAUCGACAAGACGCGCAACCUCUGCAUUCGCUCGAACUUGAUUCUGCAGAACAUCGCCCGGCCUGCGGGCUUCACCGGCCGCGACGGAGAGGACAUCGUCCCCUCGAGAACGAACCGACAGAGAGGCGGCCGGGGUCGCCAGUGGGUGCAGAACGGCGAGGGCGGCUUCUACCGCGGUGAAGGAGGCGGCCGCGGCGGCCGCGGCCGCGGAGACAGGAGCCACAUGAGCGAGGGACGCCGCGACCCGAUGGCUGCGGUCGCAGCCUCCAUGGCGAGUCGACGACAAGACGACACCGCUUUUGCUGCCUAA